UACAUGGCAGUGGAACCUAACCGGGGUGAUCAAAUGAGCCCUGCUACCCUCCAGAGUCCCUCCAUGAAACAGGCUAGCACCACCUGCAUACUACACUUCUUCUACAACAUGUAUGGAGAGGAUGCAGAAGAGCUGAAUGUGCUACUGAAGGAGGGAUCCAGGACCACCAGGCUGUGGUGGUUAUCUGGUAACCAUGGAGAUUCAUGGCACCACGGUGAAGUAACGAUUGGCAGAAUACCUCAGGACUUCACCAUCCUGUUUGAGGCCUCCAGGACCUUCGAUAUGCCCAGAUACAUCGCUAUUGAUGAUGUGGACUUCACCAACUGCAGCCUGCCUGAGCCACAGCCUCAGUGUCCUGAGGGUGUGUUCACAUGCAACAACAGCGUGUGUGUGGACACCAACCAUGUGUGUGACUUCAGCGAUGAUUGUGGAGACUGGUCUGAUGAAAACAACUGUGAGGUACAAGGUGUGUUGGAGCGAUGCAGCUUUGAACACAGUCUGUGUUCCUGGGCAGCGAGUGAUGUGGAUACAUCCGGAGCUGAGUGGACGGAUCACAAAGGAGAGGACGCCUGGCCCCACCACGGGCCUCACAGGGACCACACACAAAAUUCUGAUGCAGGUCACUACAUUAUACCUGGAACACACCUGACUGCAAGUGGCGAGACAUCAGAGAUUCUGUCCAAAACUUUAUUGCCCAGCUUUAAUUGCACUGUGAGAUUCUUCUACUUCAGCCUGAAUGAUGCUUCAGGACGACUGACUGCACAGUCCAGGACUCUACGGUCCGGUAGUGACGACAGAGUUUUAUGGAUCAGGGAAGCAUCACAAAGCUACAGCUGGCAGAGAGCCGAGGUUACGUUGUCCUCUGCGACCAGCAGCAAGAUUGUCUUUAGGUAUGAGCUCGGCGAUGGUCCCAGAGGUCUGGUUGCACUGGACGAUGUAUCUUUCUCCAGGGAUUGUGUAUUUGACCCCGACAACAGCGAGCUACCUGACCCGUCGUUCACCUCUGCCCCACCAUCAACCUCUAACACACCCACUUCUCCACACUUGACCUCUACUGCCCCAGUAAACCCCUGUCAGGAUAAUGAGUUUUUUUGCUGGCAGUCACCAGGAAAAGUGUGUAUUCUGGCUACCUUGCAAUGUGAUUAUCAUCCAGACUGCCCGCAGGGGGAAGACGAAGCUGGCUGUGGUCCGUGCACGUUUGAGAAUGAUCAGUGCCGAUGGACUGAUGUUAGCGAUGGACAGAGCAAGUGGCAGAGGCAGCGAGCCAGUAACAACACUGAGCCACCCACUGAUCACACUACAGACACAGGCUACUACAUGAGAGUUAAUUUCAGUAAGGGGUCUACACAGAGUGAAGCUCAACUCGAGAGUCCCUCACUGUCUCCUUCGUCCCCCUACUGCCAGAUUCGGUUUCACUUCCACAUCAGUGCAGAGAGUGCUGGGUCACUCAGAGUGCUUAUGCAGCAAGCUGGAGGGAGUGAAGCAAUCUUGUGGUCACGUAGUCACAGCACCGUCUCUCAUUGGAGCCUGGAGCAUCUGCCUCUUGGCCUGCACCAGCAGCCUUAUAAGGUUUUGUUCAGUGGUGUGAAUAAUGCAGCUGCUACUCAAGACCAUGUUGUUGCUGUGGAUGAUAUCUCUUUUCUAAACUGUGAAAAAUCCUACCAACCGCCAGCUCUGGCGUCCUUUGGCUGUUCUUUUGAAGAUGGUCUGUGUGCUUGGGUUCAGGGGGCUGAGGAUCAGCUGGACUGGCUUAGCGGGACAGGUCCUACUCAAACCUCUAACACCGGGCCUGCAGGAGACCACACCAGCAGCAAAGGGAAAUACCUUUACAUCGAGAGUUCCUCACCGAGCAUCAAGGGUGAUUCAGCCCAGCUGAAGUCUUCACUGCUUCCACCUGCUGGUGAAAAAGGAUACUGUUUGUCAUUUUGGUACCACAUGUUUGGAACCACUGUGGGUUCCCUCAAAAUGUUCCUGCAAACAUCUGAUCCCUUAGAGAAAACCCUGGUGUGGCAAAAAUCAGGAAACCAAGGAGAUGAGUGGCUGCAGGUUCAGAGCCAUGUGAUCCUGCAGAAAGUCCACCAGGUUGUUCUGGAGGCAGCAGUGGGGGGAGAGGCUGGAGACAUAGCCAUCGAUGACAUCUCCUUGAGUCUGGGAGGAUGUCCUGUUUCUGAUUUGUGUGACUUUGAGCACGGGAGCUGUAACUGGCAGCAGCAAGCAGCCGGUGAUUCUGAGUGGAUCAGACAUCAGGGAUAUACUCACAACCCUUACACAGGACCAGAGAGCGACCACACCACCAGCACACCUACAGGUCACUACUUCUACCUGCCUUCAUCGUCUACUGACCGAGCUGGCCAGAAAGCUGCAAUGUUUUCAUCGCUGUACCCAGCAGACAAAGGAUCUUGCGUGCAGCUGUGGUACCACAUGUAUGGCAAAGGAAUGGGGACGUUAAAUGUUUACCAGCAAAGUGAAGACGGGAAGGAAGCUCUGAUUUUCUCUCAGACAGGAGACCAGGGCCUUCUGUGGAGGUUUGCUCAGGCUUCUCUUCUGCCUCAGCUUCAUCCUUACAGAAUUGUGGUGGAAGGUGUGAAGGUUGGCCCUACACAGGAGGGGGACAUGGCUAUUGAUGAUGUACAGCUGACUGAUGAUCAGUGUCCUCCUCGUGGAUUUUGUGACUUUGAGAACACGAUGUGUAGCUGGAGCAACCUGGGUGAAGGAGUCGACCAGGGAGAGUGGCUCCGUGGCAGUGGUGGUUCCCCAAACCCACAUACAGGACCCAGUGUGGAUCACACUACUAAUUCCACACAAGGUCACUAUGUUUACGUGGACAGUUUUGUGGGUGAGUGGGGAGACUCAUCCUUCCUGGUCAGUGAUGUUUUACAGCCCUCCACACGAGGGCACUGUCUCACAUUCUGGUACCACAUGUAUGGAAACCAUGUUGGGACUCUCCGUGUCUAUAUAAAUAACUGGAAAAUGCAGGCUGGUGGCGAUGAAGUGGGCCUAUUGAAGUGGACUGAAACAGGAAACAAGGGAGAAAAGUGGCAGAUGGCGAAUGUGUCUGUCACACAUGAUGAAGCAUUCUGGUUUGUGUUUGUGUAUCAGCGAGGCAGGACCGCAGGUGGGGACGUUGCUCUUGAUGACAUCACCAUCGUCCCAGGCAGCUGCUACACAGAGCCUCCCAUUGAUCACUCUGAUAAUAAGGGUAUGAUUGUCGGCCUUGCAGUUGGGCUAAUUGUUCUUGCUGGGAUCAUCAUCUUCAUCGUCCUUGUUAUGCUGAACCAAAAUCAUAAUAAAAUGAAUCAGCAGUUAUUUGUGAACGAUGAUGCGAUUAACCAGAACUCAGUGUUUGACCUGUAUGACUGCAGAAUAGACGGCACGCAACAUAGCACUGAAUCUGACUUCUCCUUCUUUAACAAGAUUUAUGAUCCAUCGCCGCAAGCAAGGGAGGCCGCCACUUCAUCGACUGAUGCUUAGACCAGAUGUUUUUCUGUCAAAAUAAAUAAAAUAAGUAAAA